CGUUCGUUAGUUGUUCGUCACAUGUUCGACUCGUAAGACUAAAACGCCGCUAGAAACGCUUUUACUUCUGUAAAAUCGAAAAACAAAAACCAAAUACAAUUUUUUGUACUUUUCGAGAAAAAUAAUAACAAUAACAACUACCACAGCCGCCGCAGCAAACAAAUUACAAAAACAACGUCAAGCAAAACAGCUGUCUUUUUUUUUGAUGUGCCUGCUGCCGUGUGCCCCAUUCCGCUCAUUUUGUCUUCCACGUUUGGAAUUGUUAUUCAAUUUGUUAUAAACUUUGUGCUCGGUCAACACGGUGUGUGCUGAACUAAUGAAAAACAAAAUAACAAAAACAAAAAUUAAAACAAAUUAGAAAAGCUAAACAACAACAACAAACAAAAUACGAAGAAGAAGAGAGAACAUCCAUCUUCUAGCCAACAACGAUACGAAACCUCAUUCAAAGGAAAAGAAGAAAUAUUUAGCAUCUUUACUUUCUUUCUUUUAUAACAAUAACGGUUAUAAAAUUUACAUUUCUCUUUACUACCCAACUUGGUAUUAUUUGGAGAAAAAAAGUGUAGUUUUGGCGAUUUUUUUUUUCGUCAAACCAAACAAAAAGAGAGCAAGAGAAAGAGUUCGCCACCUUUGCCACACAUUAUUUUUUCUUCUUUUCUGACCAAACGAAAUUGGCGAUUUCUUUUGCCUUUUUCCCCCGUUUGAAACAAAGCGAAUUGUGUGAAGAAUUAUUAACAAGAAAUUGUAUUAUUGAUAAAUAUAAACAAAAAGCCCAGCAAAUAAAUAGAAAAAACCCAAGUUUUUUUUCUUGUUAAUUGUUUUUUUUUAUUCAAGUGAUAAGAAAGAAAUAUGAAAGUGAACAUAAGUAAUCAAAGCAAAAAUAAAAAAAAAUAAUCCAAUUGUAUUGAGAUAAUGUUCUAAUAUAAAUCCAGAAUAUUUUAUAAUAAUAAAGUGUGUUCUCUUAAGAAAAAAAUAAUAAAUAAAUAAAAAAAUCUACCUAUUUUUCUUUGAUAAGAAGAAAGUUUUUUAGAAAAUUAUCAAUACCAAAAGGUGUAUCAUAUCAUUACUUGCAAAAAGUCCAAUUGAAAACAAAAUAAAAAUUUUAAUCAAAAUCCCAAGUUAUUUUGCAAAUAAUCGCAUUAACAUUAAGUUCAAUUAUUUAAUACAAAAAAUAAUCAAAUUGUUAUUUUGACAUCUUUAACGGAGUUCGGCCUUCAUUGAAGAAAAAGUUGCAUCUGAAAAGAAAGCAACAAAAAGAAUCCCAACACUCAUCAAUCAUUAUUUUGAUUGCUCGAAGAAUUAUCCAAUAAAAAUUCAGUUAUUUUCCGAAUUUGUGGAAAAUAAAACUCAAGAAUUAUGGUGAAUAGUAAUAAACCGCCGAAAAUGAAGACAAAACAGUCAACAAAUGCCCAGCAGCAGACGGUGCAACAAAACGAAAAUGCAAAUGUUGCAUUGCCGGCAAAUGAGAGUUCCCAGCAGACACAGAAAUUGACACAAAAUGAGGCGAAUACAAAUUCCACAACACCCGUAAAACAGCAACAAAAGACACAGAAUGGACAACAACAACAACAGACAACACCAGCAGCAACGACAUCUUCCUCGCCAGCACAGACCCCAAAACAGGCUAAGCAGCAGCAGCAACAACAACAGAAGAAUCAAAGCAAUGGUAACAGCAACAAAAACGGCAAUUCCUCCAAUAACAAAGGUCGCAACAGUGUCAACAACAACAGUAAUAAUAGUAAUAGUAAUGUCAGCACCACCAACAACAAUAAAUCACAAAAUAAAUCCAAUCAAAAUCCCAAAAAUGCUGGUCAAAAAUCCAACAAAAACAAGCAACAGCAACAGAGCAAUGCUGAAAAUGCCAACCCCGGCAAGGCGGGGAAAUUUGUCAAAUCCACAUCGUAUCGUAACUCCUCGCACAGUUAUGCCCAGACAGUGGGUGGCAACAACACUACCAGCUCCAAAAAGACUUACAACAAACCCCAACCCUUGGCCGCCUUCAAUGACAACCUCCCUUUGCCACGUGAGCGGGGUAACCGGAAUUCGAAAAAUUCCCCAAAAAUUAUCACAAAUGAAAAUCAAAAUCCCAACAUACAAAAGAGUGGUGGAGGGGGAGGUGCACAACAGGAGAAAACACAAAUCAGUGCUGGUGAUCUUCUCACCGCGGCCCUGACCAAAGCCUGUGCCAAAUGUCAAAAACCCACCAUACUUGGUGACAGUGAUCAAUUCGAUCAGAACUGCAACUCCCUGAGUCAUCAUUUGAACCCGAAAUCAUAUCGUAAAUCUAAAUCGUACGUGAACUCCUCACGUUACUCUUCAAAUGGUGACUUAACACAAAGAUCAGGGGGCGGCUCAUCAUCAUCCGGCUCUUCCAAUAACAACAACAACAAUCGCCAUCAAUAUCAUCGCUCUCAAAGUGAUAGGCGUAGCUCAUUCGAUCGUCACUUUGCCGAACGUAAUAAGAAUUUCGUGCCCAUUGAGGCACCGGCAAGACCCAUUUUGGCCUCGUCCAAUAUUGCAGCUGUCAUAGCCGAUACCGAGAAAAUGGUGAUAAUUGAACGUCUGGGGAAAGGACGCCAUACGUAUCCCAUAAUGCAGUGCGGGAAACUAGACGCACCCGAUUCGUCAUAUCACAAACAGAGAUCCGACAGAAUGGACGUUUAUCAAAUUGACGAUGGUUUCCAUUCGGAUGGCGGCACCGAAACACCGCCACCAUCGCCCAGUUCCGGUUCCUCGAUAGCCUCCACAUCCGAUCAUGGCUCGCUGGAGAGCGUCGAUACGGGCGGUACACAACGUCUGGCUGUGUUGUCCUUUGAACAGGUGCGCAAGCUGCAUCAUGUCAUGGAUGAAAAAGUGGCCAUACAUGGACGGGGCAAUUUCCCCACACUCGAGGUGACACUAAAAGACUUGGUGAAUCUGGUGAGGCGCAAGCUGGAGGCGGACGUCGGUUCCGGUGGUGCCGGUGUGAUAGUCAAAGAUAUACGUUUAAAUGGCGGAGCAGCUAGUCAUGUCUUGGCUUCCGAGGAUCAGCCAUAUAAUGAUCUGGAUUUAAUAUAUGCCAUUGAGCUGAGCUCACCACGUCACUUUGAUCGUGUUAAGACAGCGGUACUGAACACACUGCUCGAUCUCUUGCCCGAGGGUGUGUCGAAGCGGCGCAUCAUGCCCUGCGCCCUCAAGGAGGCCUACGUGGGCAAAAUGGUCAAGGUCAAUAAUAACAACGACGGCGAUCGUUGGUCCCUCAUCUCGUUGGGCAAUUCGCCGGGUCACAAAAAUGUCGAACUGAAAUUUGUCGACACAAUGCGGCGACAAUUCGAGUUUUCGGUCGAUUCAUUCCAAAUCGUUUUGGACUCACUGCUGUUGUUCUACGACUGUGCCGCCUUGCCCAUAUCGGAGAACUUCUAUCCGACGGUGGUGGGCGAGUCUGUCUAUGGUGAUUUCCAGGAGGCCUUGUAUCAUUUGCAAAAUAAAUUGAUCUCAACGCGGCAGCCCGAAGAGAUACGCGGCGGCGGUUUGCUCAAGUAUUGCAAUUUGCUGGUGCGCAGCUACACACCCGUCGACACGCAGCGCAUCAAGACCUUGGAGCGUUACAUGUGCUCGCGUUUCUUCAUUGACUUUCCCGAUAUAAAUACGCAGACGGUGAAAUUGGAGGCAUAUUUGCGCAAUCAUUUCUGGGGUGUCGACGAGGAGCCCUUGCAGUACCAGUACCUGAUGCAUUUACACGAAGUGGUCGAGAAAUCGACGGUGUGCCUGAUGGGUCACGAGAGACGGCAGACCCUGAUGCUGAUACAGAAUUUGGCGGGUCAGGUGUUUUACAAGAAGCAAGUGCAGGAACAGCAACAGUAUCAGCAGCAGCAACAGCAGCAAGCGAUAAAUGAACAGCAGCAGCAGCAACAACAACAGCAUCAGUCACAACAGUCCCAUGCAAACACAUUGACACUGGUGGCUGCAACGCCGCCUCAAACCCAGCAACUGCAUCACCAUCAUCAGCAGCAACAACAUUCACACCAUCAGCAACAACUCUCAUCACAACAGCAGCAGCAGCAUCAUCAUCAGCAGCAGCAACAACAACAAACAUUAGUGCAGCCUCAAACCACCACCAUCUAUGUACAACAGGUUCCACAAACGACGCCACAAAAUGUUGCCACAACAGCCACUAUUUGCUGUGCCAUGUCAACCGCCGCCGCGGCCGCCGUUGAUCCAACGCAACAACAGCAGCAGCAGCAACAACAACAGCCACAACAGGCAAGCUCACAACAAACAGCGCAGCAGGCUACAGCAGCCAGUGCCACAGCGAUGCCACAAACCAUACAGAUACCGGCGGGACCACCCAGUCUCAUCUAUGCCAAUGGCAUCUAUUAUGCACCCAUGAUUCCCGCUACAAUUUGCACUUGCAACUCGACAUGGUUGAGCACGUGAUUAAGUGUGCCAGCAGCAACACAAAUGUCGGAAACGACACCAACAAUAACAACAACAACAGCAGCAGCAGUAGCAAUAGCAACACAUAACACACAACAACAGCAGCUGCAAUCCGUAGUAGCAGUUAAGGUUCCAAAUGGAAUUUUAGCAACUGCAACGGAUGCGGCAGCAGCAGCAGCAGCCACAACAACAACAACA